AUGGAGCGAUGGAUGGAAGUCCCGAUGGAUGAAGACCAGCGACGAUCAUCGUUAGGCCGUAUCGAUUACCGUGCAAUGACGGCCCAACAAACCGGUGAGGUUCCUUCCGUGUACGAUCUGCCGGCCCAUGUUCAACCAGGAUCGCGCGGCUACGUGAGUCAGCAAGGGCAGUUAACACCGAGGCCAGUGCAGCUAGGACCAUCGCCAUCGCAACCAGCGCCAUCGCAGUCAGCACCAUUGCCAUCCGUACAAAAUGGCCAGAUGGGUCAACAACCUCUGGAUAACGCCGUCCUGCACCAAACCUUGCACUUGCUGCAACAGCAAUUGCAGGAACAGCAACAGUUAAUUUCGCAAAUGUUGCAACAGCAGCAAUUCGCGCCGCAAGCCCAGCAACAACCCGCACAGCAGUACCAGCCCGCCGUCCCUAGUAACCCAGAACUUAUACUCGAUGCUUUGGCCAAUAGCAUUGCAGAGUUCCGGUAUGAAGCUGAAUCUGGUGUAACGUUCGAAGCUUGGUUCACACGCUACGAGGACCUGUUUGCCACAAACGCUUCGCGGCUAGGCGAUGAGGCUAAGACCUAUCGGGCCACCCCGAACGCUCAGCUGAAUAAUUCGAAAACUCCUGCCGAGAUUAUGCUAGGCAGGCGUCCCAGGACUUUGCUAGAGCUGUUAUUGCCGCCACGUCAAGCUUCACAACCGAGUGCUGGUCUACGAGUUCGUGAGCUGAAUCCCGGUGAGUCGAUCUACGCUAAGGAGUACCGCCUGAACGAUUGGAAAUGGGUCACUGCUACGGUGGUCGAUCGGCAAGGCAGAUACAUGUACCUGGUUCGGACUGCUGAGGGGAAGACGUUCCGUCGACACAUUAAUCAGCUACGUCGGCGUAUCAGCGACGGUUCGUUUAAGGACACAACACGGGCCCAUUCACCACUACCUUUGGAUCUGUUAUUCGAUGCUUGGCACUUUAAUCCGUCACCAGUACCUGCAUCAUCGGGCCAGCUAGAAGCUGAUAAACCGUCCUCACCGCCAGCGCCUGUGUCGUCCUGUGUUGUACCAUCUA